AAAAAUCUUGUCACUGUAUUUUAUAACGCCGUCCAGAUUUUUGACCAAAAUAAUAAUAAAUUAUAUUUCAAAGUAUACCAAAAGAUAAUUUAUGUUUGCUUCACGGUCGAGUUGCCGCUGACUUUGUCAGGCAGCCUGCUGAGCAGCGGACUCGAUGGCGCUGCACUGCCUGCCUUGUAGCAGCAGCGCGUUGUGGGUGCUGACGGCGGCGUUCGUGUUGCUGUCUGUGCCGACUUCCUAUAUUCUACCAAAGAAAUCAUUACAAGAUGGUAUUGCCGUAAGAGAGAAUGGCGCGCUUAACCUUGAUGUCGCAUCACCGGAGAAUUCUUUCACGGUUGAAUUUUUUCAAUCGUAUUAUCAAUCUGCAGAUCUUCUUCCACAUAUUAUAAUGCUCGUCAUGGGAAUCACUGUUUACCUUUUCGAGUGGAUACACAGAAAACUAAUGGAGAGAAGGAUAUUUAAGCUCCGCACGUUCCUGGGAGCGUCGCUGGAGCGCCUACGCGAGGCGGAUGCGCGGCGCGAGCAGCUGGAAGGCACGCUGAAGCUCGCGCGCGGUGCCUCCGCCGAGUACAACCUGCUUCUGUUCCUGCUGCUGCGCGCAAGGGACGGCGACGAUGACAAGCUGCAACUCUGAGAUCGGAGAACAUCUAUCCUUUUUCAGGACAUUUUCUACUGAGAGGGACAGAGAAAGGAAUGUUUUUUCGCUGUCCCUUUUAGCAGAAAGUGUCCGGCGAAAGGAUAGAAGUAUAAUAACCCCUAGAGUCAGCAGCAGAAUACUGAGCGAAGGCAUCAAAAUGGUCUGUACAUUUAUUCUCUAUUUACAGCUGACGUUCGGAUCAUUUUGCUACCUUUGCUGCUGUGCAGUCAUCGCAAUAAUAUUUUUCAGAAUGAGGCUAUAAAAAUAUCUGACUCUUUUUGAGGCCUGAGAGCGUUUUCACAUUGUACGAUCCGAUAUCGGAUGUCGGAUGAUCUUUGGAGAAAAACUGCCGCUAGAGUGUGCCCCAUGGCAUUGAGUCUUAAUUUUCGCAUUAACGCUUUCUUUUUAACAAGCACUAUUAAAGGCACUGUUUACAUUUUAUUUAUUUGUGCUAGUAAUCCGACAUCCGAUAUUGGAUCUGAUAAUGUGAAAACGCUCUUAGGCUGGGUAGAAUUUGAACGUUGUAUUAUCGCAGAUGGUAAAGCUUCUGAUCAUCAACGUUGUUGGCGGUAAAUAGGUGUUUUCGGUGCUGUAAGUAAAUGAUUGUUUCGCGGCUUUUAUAGCGCAAUGCUGUUCAUUUUAAUGUAAAUUAUCGUAUUAAAGUUUUUUUAUUUUAUUUAACUCAA